AUGGUGAAGCCCGCCGUCGACUUGUCCGAGGUCUCGGUGGCGGACCUCAUGACGGAGAUCGAGAGGCGCCUCGCGUGCCAGAACAAGCCCGAGAAGCGCGUCGUCCUCGUCGGCCCGCCCGGAUGCGGCAAGGGAACGCAGUCGCCCAUGAUCAAGAAGGAGCACUGCCUGUGCCACCUUGCGACGGGUGACAUGCUGCGCGCGGCCGUCGCCGCAGGGUCGCCGAUGGGCAAGAAGGCGAAGGCGGCGAUGGACGCCGGCGCGCUCGUGAGCGACGACAUCGUGGUGGGCAUCAUCGAGGAGGCCAUUCAGAAGCCGGAGUGUCGCAACGGGUUCAUUCUCGACGGGUUCCCGCGGACGGUGCCGCAGGCCGAGAUGCUCGACGACCUGCUGCAGCGCAAGGGCACGCAGAUCGACAAGGUCCUGGACUUCAAGGUGCCGGACGAGGUCCUGGUGGAGCGGGUCACGGGUCGGUGGGUGCACCCUGCGUCGGGGCGGUCCUACCACGACCGGUUCGCGCCCCCGAAGGUGGCGGGCGUGGACGACGUGACGGGUGAGCCGCUGGUGCGGCGCAAGGACGACAACGCGGAGACGCUGAAGAGCCGCCUCGCUGCGUUCCACAAGAGCACGUCGCCGGUGAUUGACUACUACGCGCGGCUGGGCAAGGUGGUGCCGCUCGACGCGAACAAGGAGACGACCGCCGUGAAGGAGCAGAUCCGGAAGGCGCUCCACACCGAUAGCUGA